AUGAGCUUGCCCGCUCUAAGAAGCGUGACCACCGUGCUGCUACUCGCCGCCUCUGCCUGCGGCGUGUCGCUGCCGCCGCCCGCCAUCGCCCAUCCGGCCGUCGCACCCCUGAGGCGCCUCGAGCAGCGGCUGGUCGACGAUGUGCCGCCGGCUGAAGCGCUGGUCGACGCAAGCCUCGCCGUGUGCUGGGCGCUUCCCGGCGAGCGCCGCAGCGCGCUGCCGCGCGACGCGCGUGAGCUCGCCGAGGCAGCUGCCUUCUUCGACUGGGAGAAUGGCGACACGCUCGCGGCGGCCUCCUCGUCCGAGCGCGCAGCAGAGGUCUUUGCCGCCGCUCGGUUGCGCCGCGUGCGCCAGGACUUUGUCGCCGUCGCGCCGCCGCCCGCCGACGACGAGCGCAUCGUCCGUGCGCUCUAUGCCGUCGCCGUCCGCGAGCUCAGCGCGGGGCUGCUCGGCCCACUCGGCUUCCCGACAUCCAAGCUUGGACUGCGCAGCCUCUACGCCGCGACGCUGCGCGCGGUGGGAGACGACACCCUCGUCCUCGCCCACUGCCUCGACACUGCGCAGUCGUGGUACAUGACCGACCCGUACAGCGGCGAGUACGACGACGGGCGGUGGUGGGACGCGACGCUGAGUGCGCUCUGCGCGCCGUACGGCCGGGUGUGCAUCCUGGGCGAGUCGAUGGGGGCGACGGCCGCGUUGCGUUUCUCCCGGCACGCCAGCGCCAAUGGCGCCGUCGUCGCGCUUGUCCCACAGAUUGACGUGCGCGAUUUUGACUACUCGGGCCGCGACGACUUUGGCGACGCGCGCAAGGAGCGCCUCCGGGCCGACCUCGUGAGCGCGUGCGCCGGCGCAGAGGCGCGCAUCGUGUUGCACGUCGGCCAGGACCCGCCCGACUUGCGCCAGCUCGACUACCUGCCACCCUGCCUGCUGGCCUCAGAGCGGGUGCGCGUCGUCAGGCACGCCGUCGCUGGCCACGCGCUCGGCGCCGGCCUCAAGCACCGGGGCGUGCUGCGGCGCACGGUGCUGUCUGAUCUGCUCGGCCACACUUACCGGCUCCCACCCGCCGGCGAGAGACACGAGACUUGCGAGCUCGAUACUAAACAUAAUACUUAA